GGGGGGGGUGUAUCGAGAAAGGGGUGGGAAAGGAGGAGGGGGGCGAUAGAUCGGGGGUGAUGCUGGCUCCAGUUGGGUGUGUCGAAAGAUCCGGAGCUGAGAAAGAAAAGCCGCCUAGCGUUGGUCAAGUUACCACGCUGCUCUUUGUGGCGGCUUUUUGGAUAUUUCUUCCAAGACACACUGUUAGAAUCCCUCGUCGAGACUAGUCCGAGUGGGCUAAUUUCAACUGGGUCUGGGAGUGAGACUCGCGGAGGGGCGUGGGCUCGCGAAGAUACCGUGAACCUGGACCGGUGGGAAGUCUGAAUUUCUUUUCGAUGCCGAUGCUUUGUGGUGCCAGUCUAGUGCCUGGUGAAGCGGGCGCCCUUCAACAAAGUGCUGAAGAGACAGAUGUGUAUUCGUACGUCGGAUAGAAGCCGUGGCUCAUAUGGUGGCGCUUGUGCCUCUAUUGUCGCCCGGCAAGUUGUCCCAGAUGAGUCGGCGGAUAAGGCAAAAUGCGAUGAGAGAUCGUCUGUCUAAGCGCGGGGGGUCUAUCACCCGGCUGGAGUAUGCCGAUUUUGUGCCUUUUGAGGCUGACACAAAAAGAUAUGGGUUGGUGCGGUUGAACUUGAGGCGACGAGGGGAGUUUGAGUGGUUUGAAAUGUCCGAGUAGAAGGAAUUUUGAUGGAUAUGUGUGUGCGAGCACUGGGGGAGAGGAGCAGGAAGAAAAGGGAAGAAGAGGGAGAGAGGAAACGCGAUUGUGCGAAUUAUGGGAGGAAAUGACAGAGAUAUUAUGAGAUCAGCGACGGACUGACACCCAGGGCUGGGUAUGAUUUCUGAGCAGUGAGUGGAC